AUGUCUUUCCAUCCAAAAAUGGUAGAAACAGGCACCGGUGCUAGUCCACCUGCCUCAAAAACACGUGAAAUGGCUACAUCUCCGAUCAAGUUCUAUUCUCUUAUAGAAUCAUCAACAUCUGAUGAUUCCAGUGAUUGUUCAACUAUGGACAAUAGAAAAAAUACCAACGUAGAAAAUAUAGGCAUUAUGAACGAAAUGGUUAACAAACAAUCUAUGUUACCAUUUCCAUCUUCAUCAACUAAUGGGUCAUCAUCUAAUACACCUGUGUUGUCAUCUUUACCAUCAAGCACACCAGUGCCAUUAAUGUCGAUCGAGUUAAACAAUCGUAAUCGUUUCAACUCAAUUACUAAUCCAACAGCAACAAUAGGUAAUAACAACAACAUAGUUGAUCAUAACCGACGAUGGCCGAUCAAUUCUCGAAGCGAAGGAAUUUUUAAGCGUCAAAAACGACGAGCAAGAGAAAAUAGUCGAUAUCAACGUCAUCAUUAUCAACAAUGUUAUUGUCGACAAUGUUUCUUCGGAGCUCGAACGGGAGCAUUAGGUAAUGCUUUAAUUAAAUUCGUUUACUUGAUGAGAUAG